CCGCCCCGCACACCUGCGCUCCGCCCCCUGGUCCUGGGCUGGCGACUGGCGAAGGCAUUUGGGAACCUAGGGAGGCUGCGGCAGCGCCCCCACCCCCAUCUCCUUCCCCUUCCCACAGUCGGAGUUGUCCGAAGCCUGCCGCCGCUCCCAACCAGCCCGCAUCCCUCUUCAUCCUUCCCUCCCCCCGCCUGCCGCGGCACCGGUAUCUGCAGCCGCAGCCCGGAGCCGGUGAGGCGGCGAAGGGGGGAGGGGGAGGAAGCAAGGGAUGAGCGCCGGGAGGGCGUCGGGGGCCCUGAGCCGGACUAGGACGCCCCUGGAGCAGGAACCCGAGCUGGAGCCGGAGCCAGAACCAAACCACCGGUACCGAGUGGGCCAGGUGGCCUGGAUGGGAGGAACCCAAAGGGGUGGCAUUGUGCGGAAUACCCGCAGGGGAGGGGGCUGCAGAGGCCUGGCUCAGGCCAGCGCGGAGGAGGUGCGGACGCUGACUCAGGCGCGAUUCUUAAGCCGACCGCCUGAGAAUUCCGUCCCAUCUCGCUCUGCAGUGUCCUUGGGAGGGACGGAAGCGCAGGACAAGCUGGAAAGGGGAACGCUCUGGGCGUCGGGGAAGCAGGAUCAGGGUCGCGGAAGAGGGCUUGCGCAUCCGCCGUCUGGCACCCCGGCCCCGGACCAGCACCCCUGACACGGACAGCUCCUUGGUUGGGUAGGGGGGUGGGGCCGGACCUCCGAGGCUUGUCAGUUUCGGAUCCUGAGGACCGAAUUCCUAUCCCUCCCCCAGUCCCUAGCUGCAGCCCCCUAACCCCAGGAGGCGCCCUGGCCCGCGCUCGCCCCCCAGGGCCUCAUGUCGGAACCACAGCCUGACCUGGAACCGCCCCAACAUGGGCUGUACAUGCUCUUCCUGCUUGUGCUGGUCUUCUUCCUCAUGGGCCUCGUAGGCUUCAUGAUCUGCCACGUGCUCAAGAAGAAGGGCUACCGCUGCCGCACGUCGAGGGGCUCGGAGCCUGACGAUGCCCAGCUCCAGCCCCCUGAGGACGAUGACAUGAAUGAGGACACAGUAGAGAGGAUUGUUCGCUGCAUCAUCCAAAAUGAAGCCAAUGCUGAGGCCUUGAAGGAGAUGCUGGGGGACAGUGAAGGAGAAGGGACAGUGCAGCUGUCCAGCGUGGAUGCUACCUCCAGCCUGCAGGACGGAACCCCCUCCCAUCAUCACACAGUGCAUCUGGGGUCUGCUGCCCCUUGCAUCCACUGUAGCCGCAACAAGAGGCCCCCACUUGUCCGUCAGGGACGCUCCAAGGAAGGAAAGAGCCGCCCCCGGCCUGGGGAGACCACUGUGUUCUCUGUGGGCAGGUUCCGGGUGACACACAUAGAGAAGCGCUAUGGACUACAUGAGCAUCGUGAUGGCUCUCCCACAGACAGGAGCUGGGGGUCUGGUGGAGGGCAGGACAUAGUGGGUAGUCAGGGGUCUGGGGGAGGGCAUCCCAGGGCAGGGACACCUGCCAUUGAGAGCCUGCCCCCUGAGAGGCCACAGCCCCUGGCCCUCGCCAGUCCCUUGGUGCAGAAUGGAGGACUCAGGGACAGUAGCUUAGUCCCUUGUACACUUGAGGGCAACCCUAGAGCCUCUGCAGAGUCAGUGCUAGGGGCUGGAGGGAAGGUCCCAAGCCCAGGACUGGCCAGUCGAGAGGCAAUUGGACAGCCAAGCAAACUGGACACCACAGAUCACCAGGUGUCUGCACCACGAGGAGCAGGGGGUGUGUGAGCCUCCUUCUUCAAUGUACUGAUGGACUACCGGCUGGCAGGGCCGGGGGUGGGUGGGCAUGAAGGCCCUCCUUUCCACUGGACAGCUCUGCCCUCAGCUGAGGAACCAGCUCUACU